UUAUUUAGUUUGCAACUUUCAUUGAAAACGGUAGUCUUUUGAAAAUUCCUCUACAGUCAAGUUGACGUUUGUAAAAUAACGCUUCUUCUUAGUUUGAAAAUACAUAAUAUAAAUUCAACAGCAACAACAACAACAAUAAACUUAAUAUUACAACAAUAAUAAGAAAAUAGAAAAACAAAAUAUCGUGCUUUUUUUUCCAAGAGAGAUUUUUCAAAGUGUGUGUUUGUGUAGUUUUCAUUGUUUUUGUGAAUUUUUAAGGCGGUUGCAAAAAAAAAAACGCAAGCAGCUACAGCAAAUUGCAAUGAAACUUAAGAAAACGUGUUGAAAAAGAAAAUUUUUAACGGUAUUCAAGAAAUAAAAUUUAAACGAUACAGACAAACUCAGCCAGGCAACCAGCAACGGCCAGUAAUGAAAACGUGUCAACAGCAAUUGAACGGCAUUUUCAAUUAAACGCUGGCCGAAACAAGACCAUAAAAGUAACGAAAGCGUUACUUUUAACAAACCAAACAAACCAGUGAAAUAUUUAUUUUAUAUUUCCUUAUAGGUUGGAUACAAGAAUAAAAGAAACAAAAAUUAAAGAGAAAAUGUUCAAAUAAUAAAAAGAAACAAAAGCCAUAAACAAAAAUAAAAAUAUUUAAUGGCCAACGAAGCGUAUGAGUGACAUUUUAAUAUGAAUUUUAAAUAAAAGCAAAUUCUGCAAUAAACUUAACAGUAAAACACAUUUGCAUAAAAAAUAUUUGGUUAAAAGUGUUAAAGAAAUAAUUUCAAGUGAAAUGUUUUAAACCCCCCACCUAACAAGCAGGAGGAGGUGGCGAAGAGACUUUACAAAAUUUAGAAGAAAUAAAAUAAAAAAAAUUUACAUAAAACGUAAAAGGAAACGGAAAAGAAGAAAACAAAAAUGUACAAAAGAAAGGUUUAAAAAAAAAUACUAAGAUUGAAAUCAUUUUGACGUAAUUUUUGUGUUUUUAUUCCACACAAAUUCUUUUUUCUUAAUGUGAUAAAUUUAACAUUAAGAAAACAAAUUUAAGCUUUUAACAAAAAACAAAUAGAAACAAAAAAGAAAAAGUGCUGUAACCAACACAACACAACUAAUAGUACCUGGCUUUAUUUAAAUAACCAAUAAAUUAAAUAUUAACUAAAUAACAAACGAAAAAAAUAAACAUUUAUUAAGAAAUAAUCGUUCUUAAUUAAUAAGAAUUGUUUUUAAUAAAUAAAAAAAAACCUCAAUAUAAAACUCAAAAGAUAAUUUAAUUCAAUAUUAAAUUAGCAACGAAGCAUAUCUUACAAACAUUUUAAAUCAUUUUAAUUACGCGGGCUCUAAUUUAACUAUUCUCGCUCUCAUUUUUACUCACAACAACUACAUAAGUACAACUACAACAGCAUUCCAUGUUUAUGCUAAUAAAUUUAUUUUUACUGUGAUUUACUAAGAAAACCAACAACAACUACAAUAAGUUGAUCACUAUCAUUGAGUAUUAUAACGUUAUUAACAAUUAUUCUCUCUUUCUCUGGUGUAAAACUCUCCAUUAACGUGUGAGCAAGAAGAAGAGAGUUCGUGCAAAUUUUUUAAUUGUUGUUUUUGUUAGCUUAAAACAACUGUUCACUACAAGGGUUACCAAGAUUAGCCACAUAAGCAACAAUAUAUCCCUAACAAUGCGCGUCAAAGUGGGCAAACGUAUAUGGCUGAAAAGGAGACGUUCAAAACGUGAAAGUUUUCCAAAACCCAGUGAAGUUACAGAAGGUGCCUUACAAGUAUGGCGCACAUUACCGGAACGUAUUAGACAAGAUCCAAGUUUAGCCUCAUUUCGUCAAGAACAUGAACGUUUACAUGGCUAUGAACCCGGCGAUGUUGAUCCAUUGCCCAAUGAUGACAUUGAUGACCAUGAACAGAACAAUGGCAAAAUCAUGGGAGACGGUGUGGAUGGUGGUCAUAACAAAAAUACAAAUACAUUUUCACAAAUUGGCAUUAAUGUCACCAACGAAAUGGGACAAGUUCGCAUUUUAGAUGGCCGUGAUGUCGAGAAUAACAAUGAGGAUCAACAGGACGACACCGAACAUCAGGGUAAUUCAAAGGUGAUAAAAUAUUUAAUUUGGUUUAAAAUUGCGAUACUCCUGGUGGUUUGGGGUGUUUUUACGGCGUUUCUAAUGUCAACAAAUGAACAUGUGGACGAAUUGAAAUUGAUUAGUAUACCUAAGAAUGGUACCGUACGAGUAUUCCCCGUCAACACCGCCGAACUUAUGCGAAUAGGCCUCAGUCUGACGGGUCCCUUCAAACUGCAGGAAGCUGACGCUGUAACAGAUACAAAACAACGAUCACCACCUCUACUCGAGGUGUACGUGGAACGUGCCUAUUUCAAUGAAACCGGUGACAGAGCCUACGAUGAAAUUGUUUCGAAAAUUUGGAAAUUAGAUUUAGUGUAUCCCGAAUACAUGGACUCGACGCGAGAAACUAAGAAGGUUCAUCAAUUUGAUAUUAAGAGCUUGCAUGAAGACUAUCGAAAUUUCACCAAUCAAACCGAAUUGACGCUACACUUUGUCUCGAGCAUAGAAGCUGAAUUACCGGUCCAACUGAGCAUAGAUGAAUCGCCGAUUUAUAAGAAGGAGGGUGUUAUCUAUGCCGCCGUAGUGCUGUGCGGUUUAUAUAUCAUGAUCAUUUGGGAAAUUGUAAAUCGUACAUUUGCCGCCAUUAUCGCUUCCACAUUAUCGGUGGGUAUUUUGGCCGCCUUGAAUUCAAGACCUUCCAUGGUCACCAUUAUGGGUUGGAUUGAUGUGGAGACCUUGUUGUUGCUGUUUGGUAUGAUGAUUUUGGUGGCUAUUUUAUCGGAAACGGGUGUUUUUGAUUAUUUGGCAGUGUAUGCCUAUAAAAUCACUAAUGGUCAUGUUUGGCCCUUGAUUAACUGUUUAUGUCUAUUUACCGCGGUUUUAUCAUCAUUCUUGGAUAAUGUUACCACUGUUUUACUAAUGACUCCCGUAACCAUACGUCUUUGUGAGGUCAUGUCUCUCAAUCCGGUUCCUAUAUUAAUGUGUAUGGUUAUCUACUCGAACAUUGGUGGUGCUCUUACACCCGUGGGUGAUCCACCAAAUGUCAUCAUUGCCUCAAAUAGUUUUAUAUCCAAAAAUGGUGUUAAUUUUGCCAUAUUUACUUUACACAUGUUGCCAGGUGUCAUUUUGGUAAUGUUCCAAACUUAUAUACAAUUGAGAUUUAAGUUCCGCAACAUUAGCGAUUUGCAAUUCAAAGAAUCUCCCGAGAUCGAAGAGCUAAAACAUGAAAUUCAUGUUUGGAAACGGGCUGCCGCAAGUUUAUCCUCCUACUCCAAGGAUGAAGAGCUGGUAAGACAGACUCUGAAUAAGAAAGUAAAUCGUUUGAAGCGGUCUUUGAAAAAGAAAAUAUCCACCGCCAUAGAACCCACCAUUAAUUAUAAACAAACUUUGGAUCAUUUGCAAGCGAAGUAUCCCAUACGCAAUAAGCCGUUGCUUAUUAAAUGUUCUUGUGCCUUGGUUUUUGUGAUAAGUUUAUUCUUUUUGCACUCUGUUCCCGAAUUACAACGUCUCUCUUUGGGCUGGACUGCUCUCUUGGGUGCCAUAUUUUUAAUUAUUUUAGCUGACAUUGAAGAUAUGGAAGCCAUAUUGGCUCGUGUGGAAUGGUCGACUCUUCUCUUCUUUGCUGCCUUGUUUAUUUUAAUGGAGGCUCUGUCGGAGCUGGGCCUAAUCGAAUGGAUUGGUAAUAUGACGGAGAAUAUUAUAUUGGGCGUAAGCGAAGAGUCUCGUUUAAUGGUGGCUGUGUUAAUUAUUUUAUGGGUUUCAGCCAUAGCUUCAGCUUUCGUUGACAAUAUACCUUUGACCACAAUGAUGGUGAAAAUUACUAUUUCUUUAGCUCAAAAUAGUGCAUUGAAUCUACCAUUACAGCCUUUGGUAUGGGCAUUAGCAUUCGGAGCUUGUUUGGGAGGCAAUGGUACUCUCAUUGGUGCUUCGGCUAAUGUCGUGUGUGCUGGUGUUGCUGAGCAACAUGGUUAUAAAUUUACAUUCUUACAAUUCUUCAAAGUUGGUUUCCCGGUAAUGCUUGGCAGCAUCGUAGUGGCUACGGGUUAUCUGUUAGUAAGUCAUGUGUUGUUCGCAUGGCAUUGAUAAAAACUCUAAGAAGAAUUGCUAGACAAUUCUUCAACGCAACUAGUAGUUUCAAAUUUACCUCGUAAAAUGUGUUUUCUUUUGUUUGUUUUGUUUAAAUUAUAUUUAAAACAUAAUUGCCUUUUGUUUUGUUUUCUGUUUUAUUUUUUAUUUUAAUUAAAAAUUUAAUUAUAUUAAAGUGAGAAAUUAAUUGAAAUGAAAGAGUUACUAACAACGAGUUUCUUUUUUGUGUAUUUCUUCUGCUUUAUGUUGUUUUGCACAUUAUUUUUCAUCAUUAUUAAUUAAAUAAAUAAUUAAAUGAAUAAAUGUAAUUAUAUUUAAUAAUUAUGUAUGUACUAUAUCAUAAAAUUAAAUUAGGGCCCAAAAUUAAAAAUUUCACAUCAUGAGUGAUUUAAAUAAAAUUGAUUAUUGUACAACAAAUAAAUUAAAAUUCUAAAAAUUACAAAAUUAAAGUCAAGGUAUCACACACAAACAAUUUGAAGAAAAAUCAUUGUAAUUUAUGUGAAUUUAGUUUUUAAGAAAAAUAUUAUAAAAAAAAACGAAAAAUUAAGAAUUUCAUAAGUAGGGAAUUAAUUAAAUAAAUUAAAAUUAUUUAAAAACAAAUUCUAUUCUAUAUAAAACAAUAUAUUUUUAGGUACUAAAAAAAACUAGUGUCAGUUUAAAAUUAUUUAAUAAUAAACAAAAACAAUUAUAAAAUUAUUAACUGAGAUAAAAAAAAACAGAAAAUAAAUUGUACUAUUUUUACACUUGUUGUUAUUAUUUUUUUAUUAGAAAUUAAGUCGCAACUAUUGCCAUAAGUUCCCUUAAAAUAAAAUCUACAUUUUAAAUAAAAUAAAAUUGUUAAAUAGUUUAAUUAAAAACUGCAUUAUAUCAAAUUUCAAUUGUUAUUGGAAAUACAAAUAAAGUUAUAUUCUCAAAUCCAACAAA